GAUACGACACCUGCAACAAAAUUUGCUUUUAUCUUCUUCAAUGCGAAUGACCAACAAGUUUGAAUCCUGUUUUAGCUUCAUUUUUACGGUUUAAGGAAUGUACAACGACGACGAAGAACAAGAAGAAGGUCCAAAGAGCUCCUUUACUACGUAUUUGGCUGAAGGAGAUGUAUUGUUUAAGCAAGCGGAGUACAAGAAAGCGCUGGAUAGUUACAAUUUGGCGUUAGAGCUUCAACCGACGGAGAAAUCAGCUCUGGUUGCGCGCUCAAAAUGUCAUCUUCAACUGGGUGACAGCGAGGCGGCCCUGAAAGAUGCCGAAAGUGCUUUGGUAGACGACAAAGAGUUUAUUCGGGCAUUAUAUCAAAAAGCUGAAGCCCUCUACUCAAUGGGAGAUUUUGAGCAUGCUUUGGUAUUUUAUCAUCGUGGAAAUAAGUUGAGACCAGAGCAGCAAGAAUUUCGACUGGGGAUACAAAAGGCUCAAGAGGCAAUUGAUAAUUCCAUUGGACGUGCAGCAAAAAUAAAAUUGGAGAGUAAAGGUGAUCUUUCAUUCUUUGCAAAACAAGAUGAGGUGGUGAAAAAGCCAAAAGGUUAUGUGAAACCAAGGUGUCGAAGAAAUAACCAACAGCAUCAGACCAACCGAGGAAAGAAUACCAAACCUCCUGGAUCUUCAGCUAAAACUGUCAAAAAGUUACUUGGAGAACUUUACGCCGAUAAACAAUACCUGGAAAACCUUAUGAAUGACAAAGGUUUUGUUCAAGGUAGCAAUGACGAUACUAUCUAUUCAUUAAUAUCCAAUGGCAUUACCUACCUGGACUCAAGAACAGAAUUUUGGCGCCAACAGAAGCCGCUUUAUGCUCGCAAGAAACAGAAACCUUUACCUCAUCGUAAUAAGCCGAAAAACUCGAAGACCACGGAUUUCGUGUUACGUUCUCUGGAGGAUAUUGACCAGAAAUUAACGAAUGGGGAUAAUGAAGGCAGUUUGAAACAGGCGGAGGACACUUUACGUCAAGUGAAAGCGAUGAGAGACCAAGAAAUUUCCAAUAAACAAGAAGUUAUUGCUAAUCUUCAUUCGUGUAUUCCGAUUACCAAAUGGAGAACCAUCCUGAGCAUUUCUCGUAAAAUUAAGAGUGAAGAUGGUAUAUCGCGUGCUUUGGAUAACAUUGGGCGUUGUCACGCGCGACUCAGUCAGUUUGGGCAAGCCAUAAAUAGCUGGAUGGAGAAAUUACCUUUGAGCAAGAGUGCAUUGGAAACCACGUGGCUUCAACACGAAAUAGGCCGAUGUUAUCUCGAACAGAAGAACUACCGGGAUGCCUUGGAAUGUGGUCAGCAGUCACUUGCAUCAGCGCAGGAGGCACAAGAAAAGGUGUGGGAACUGAAUGCGACUGUAUUGAUUGCGCAGUCGCAAGUCAAACUUGGCGAGUUAACAAUGUCGCUCACCUCCUUUCAAAAUGCUCGCGGCAUUGCGGAGUGUUUGGACGACAAAGCCGCCGAGAUGGCCAUCGGGAAGGCAAUUGAUGAUGUGAAGAACAGAAUCGAAACAGGAAUCGUGGACGAUGACAGUACAACCACACGAGAUAAUCCAGGAACGACUUUGACACCGAACGAUACAGAGGAACGGACAGUGGAGACAAGCGAACCGCGGUACAAUGAUGAUGAUCAGGGUACAGAAAGGGAUACUAAAGCCACCGCCGAUAAUACCACCAACGAUGAGACGGCAGCAUAUGAACCAGGAGAAAACUUUAGCGUGGAAACUGAUACUUCAUGAAAGAAACAUAUAGAAGAUCUCUUCAACAUAGGAUGAUUGUAUCAUGAUAAUUUUCUUUUGUAUAGCUGUACAUAAAUGCCACAAUACAAUAAAUCCGGGCGAGUUGGGA